GGGCGGACGCCGGGUUUCCCGCGGUCCCGGCUCCGCCUAAGCGGCGGGGAAGCGCUCUUAAAGGGCCAGUCCUCGCGCGUCCUUUUGUUCCGGGACCACAGGGCGGGGCAGACCCAGCUUUCGCCGAGUUCUGGUCUGCUCUCCCGAACGGCCAUGAUUUCCCAGUUCUUCAUUCUGUCCUCCAAGGGGGACCCGCUCAUCUACAAGGACGGCCAGUCCGUGGAGACAGUGGCGGCCGGGAUGUGGCCGAGCUCUUCUACCGGAAGCUGACGGGCUUGCCGGGAGACGAGUCCCCGGUUGUCAUGCACCACGAAGGCCGGCAUUUCAUCCACAUCAGACACAGCGGCCUCUACCUGGUGGCCACGACUUGGGCAAACGUUUCUCCCUUCAGCCUGCUGGAGCUGCUGUCCCGGGUAGCCACUCUCCUGGGCGACUACUGCGGCUCCCUCGGCGAAGCGACCAUCUCCCGUAACGUGGCCCUGGUCUACGAGCUCCUGGAUGAGGUGCUGGACUAUGGCUAUGUUCAGACCACGUCCACAGAGAUGCUGAGGAACUUCAUCCAGACAGAAGCUGUGGUCAGCAAGCCCUUCAGCCUCUUCGACCUCAGCAGCGUUGGCUUGUUUGGCGCAGAGACCCAACAGAGCAAAGUGGCUCCCAGCAGUGCCGCCAGCCGCCCUGUCCUGUCCAGCCGCUCCGACCAGAGCCAAAAGAAUGAAGUUUUCCUGGACGUGGUUGAGAGAUUAUCUGUACUGAUAGCAUCUAAUGGCUCCCUGUUGAAGGUGGAUGUGCAGGGAGAGGUCCGGCUCAAGAGCUUUCUGCCCAGUGGCUCUGAGAUACGCAUCGGCUUGACCGAGGAGUUCUGUGUGGGGAAGUCAGAAUUGAGAGGUUACGGGCCAGGAAUUCGCGUGGAUGAAGUCUCAUUUCACAGCUCGGUACAGCUGGACGAGUUUGAAUCUCAUCGGAUCCUCCGCCUGCAGCCUCCUCAGGGCGAGCUGACGGUGAUGCGGUACCAACUCUCCGAUGACCUCCCCUCCCCACUUCCCUUCCGGCUCUUUCCCUCUGUGCAGUGGGACCGAGGCUCAGGCCGGCUCCAGGUUUACCUGAAGUUGCGAUGUGACCUGCCCCCAAAGAGCCAAGCUCUCAACGUCAGGCUGCACCUCCCCCUGCCGCGAGGUGUGGUCAGCCUGUCUCAGGAGCUGAGCAGCCCAGAACAGAAGGCAGAGCUGGGGGAGGGAGCCCUUCACUGGGACCUGCCUCGAGUGCAAGGAGGCUCUCAACUGUCCGGCCUCUUCCAGAUGGAUGUCCCCGGCCUCCCGGGGCCUCCGGGCCACGGGACUCCCACUUCGGCUUCUCCCCUGGGGCUGGGCCCUGCGAGCCUCUCCUUCGAACUGCCCCGGCACACGUGCUCUGGCCUCCAGGUCCGCUUCCUCAGACUGUCCUGCAGGCCGUGUGGCAACACCAACCCCCACAAGUGGGUGCGACACCUGAGCCACAGCAGCGCCUACGUCAUUCGGAUCUGAGGCUGGGUCUCGAAACGAGGACAGAGGCAGCAGGCACCUAAAUGGGAAGAGGACAAUUUCUUCUUUUCUGGCCUCCUGGUCUGGGGCUCUGGAUGUGAGCAGGAAGUCUUGAGAAACCAGGAGGGCUUGAGAGACCGGGCCCUUCCGUGGGAGCCGAUGCAGGGAGAACUUGGGGAAAUCAGUGCUUACAAAU